CAGCAGCUCAAGCAGCUCGACGGCGCCGAGAAGAGAAAGCUGGCGGCGGCAAAGGCGGAGCACGAGCUGCUCACGAGGUUCUCGGCAGUCGCGCGGCGCAACCAAGACGAGAAGGUGCACGACAACCACAGGAUCGAAAUCAAGGGUCAAAUUGCCAUCGCCAUGGGGACUCGCCUGCGCAACUUACCGAGCGAAGUCCAAAGACGAGUAUCACUUCCAGUGCCACCGCUGCGACGAUGGCAAGGCGCGCAUCUUCUUGCACACUGUCAAAGGGACCACUACUUCACUUGCGCCGCCAACGGAGACCAGUCCGACAUCGCGCACAUCGUUGGGGACCACAGCUGCGACGGCGGCAACGCGCGCAUCUCCUUGCAUUUUCGUUCUGCGCAGUUCGCGCCCACGCAGAAGGAGCCCGAGAAGUCGCAGCAGGAGAACCUCAAGGCGGAGCACGAGCCGCGCACGAAGCUCAUGGACGAGGCGCGGGGGGGCACACUCAAGAAUGGCGCUGCCAACAUCGCUGGAGCGGAGCAGUACCACGAGAGGCGCUACGACGAGCCCUUCGCCGACAUCAUGCGCCACGGAACUACGCCCCACAGAGUGGAACAGUACCACGGGAGGCGCUACGACAAGCCCUACGUCGACAUCAUGCGCCGCGGAGUGGAGCUGCCCCGCGGGAGGCACUACGACGAGCCUUUCGCCGACAUCAUGCGCCACGGA